AUGGAGCUCAGUUCAGAAAAGGUAAAUGGGAAAUCUGCGAAAACUGCUGCUAAAAUCGAAAAGUUAUUGUGUUGUGAUGUGGUUGUGUUUUUUGUGUUGUGGCUCUUGCCUGCUGAGGCAGGUUACUUGGAGACUGAUGGUCUAGAGAAGACAUGGCGAGUCAAGCAGACAGAUAUUGCUAAUGAAGUAGAUUUACUCAGCUCAAGAAACCAAUAUGACAUUGUGCUCCCAGAUUUUGGCCCUUACAAACUUGAUUUCACUGCAAGUGGUCGACAUAUGAUAGCUGGUGGUCGCAAAGGCCACCUUGCUCUAGUAGACAUGAUGAGUAUGAACCUAAUUAAAGAGAUUCAGGUAAAAGAAACAGUCUGUGAUGUUGCGUUCCUGCACAAUGAGCAAUUCUUUGCAGCUGCCCAGAAGAAGUAUGUAUUAUCAAUGCUAAUAAACAUCACCUACCUUGGCGAAGAUUUGACGAAAAGAAACGACAAAACAACAAAUCUAGCGUCGAAAAAAGUUGCAACCAAAAAUUAG